CUCUUUCGUCUCCAUCUCCAACCUACUAGCUGUACAUUGAGUUCCCAGAUAAGAGAAUCAGUUUCUUUCUAUUAGUUUCUCCGAAGAAGAAGAUGAAGCAACCUACGCUACCGAACGCGGCGGCGGAGGAAACCAAACCAGAACAAAACCAAACCGGAGCAAAGCAGAAACCGAAGAAAUUCCCAACGGCAGCCGAGCUGAUCUCACACUACCAGAAGCAAGGAGGGCUCGAACCAGCGGAAGCCUCGGUCAAGGUCAUCGAAGACCUACAGAACGCGCUCGUGCGAGUCGCUUCGUCCUCGAAGAACGCCUCCAGCAGCAAGAGCAAGCUUCUAGCCGACGCGAGGAAAAUCGACGCCAUUAGCGGAAGGCUCGCCGUCGUCGACGCCAAGCUGGAGACGAAGCCUGGAUACGUGGAGACUUUCGCGUUGGGGUUAGCUUCUGGUGCGGCGCUUAACGGAGUUAGCGCCGUCUGGCCUCACGUUGCCAGAGGGAUCGGUCAGGUUUGGUCCGCCGUUAGGAGUGGGACAGAUGGCUCUUAAAAAAUUGUUAGAAAAGGAAUAUUCUCUCCAGUGAUUCCGUUGGUGUUGUAUUAGCUAACUUCAGUUUUUUUUACUGUUGGAACCAAAAAAUCUGAUAAAAAGUUAGUGUCUUUGUUUA